AUGUCAUUACUUUUCUCAGUUGUCCGUUCUGUUCCAUUCAGCAACAAACCCAUCGCAAAGGAUGUAAUUGCGAGUUUACAUAGUUAUUUCACAUGCAAUAUAUUGAUCAUAUUUGCUGUAAUUCUCAGUUUCAAACAUUUUGGUGGUCGCCCAAUAGAAUGUUUACUUCCAUCCGGUUUCAGUGGAGCUUGGGAACAGUAUGCAGAAAAUUUCUGUUGGGCGGAAAAUACGUAUUUUGUCUCUCCGGGAAUAUUUGUUGAACAAGUGUCAGUUAGUGAUCGCCGUGAACGAAGAAUCAAUUAUUAUCAAUGGAUGCCAUUUUUCUUAUUGUUUCAGGCUGCUUGCUUUAAUGCUUCCACGUUAAUAUGGAAGUAUUUUGCUGGUCAUUCAGGAAUAAAAAUGGGCGAAAUAUUGCGAUUGGCAUGCGAUCCCUUAAAUGCGAAUUUGACAGUUAAGAAAAUGAAUAUAAAUGCUCUCAACAUACAUUUACAAGGAGCAUUACGGUUUCAAGAACGUCUUAAAAAGCGAAAAUUGGUGCCACACAAAAUAUUUCGCUUCCUGAAUUUACGCUAUUCUUCAUUUUAUAUUUCAGUGGUUUAUAUGACUGCAAAAUGUGCAUUUUUAUUCAAUGCAUGUUUUCAGCUUCAUUUGCUCAGUAGUUAUUUAUUAUCCAAUAUUCGAUAUGAUUUUGGAUUAAACGCUUGGUGUAAUUUACUUUUUCCAUCAGGUAACGAAUCAUCAUGGAAUACGACUGGUGUUUUUCCUCGAGUAGCUUUGUGUGAUUUUGAGGUACGGGAAAUGGGUAAUACUCAUACUCAUACUGUUCAGUGUGUACUUGUUGUCAAUAUAUUUACUGAAAAAAUUUUUAUUCUUCUGUGGACUUGGUUUGUAAUACUGGCGAUUGUUACUGUAAUGAGUAUUAUUAAUUGGGCAUACCUUCUUCUAAGUUCUUGUUCAAAGGAACAUUUCAUCUUAAAUCAUCUGGAAAUGGGUGAGACGAAAUUGGAUAAAGAAAAUUGCGAGACUCAAAAAAGUGUAAAAAAGUUCUUGAACAAAUAUCUUGGCAUCGAUGGUAUCUUAGUGUUGCGUAUGAUUGCUGCUCAUGCCGAUAUCGUUUUUUCUACCGAAUUAAUUGUGUCAUUGUGGCAGUCACAUUGUCAUUUCGAAAGUUUCCGCAAGUAA